AUGGGGCUUUUCGCCGCUGCCCUCGAUAAGAUCUGCAAACAAUGCUCGACGCAGGCAAUCUAUAUGCUCAGUGGAGUGGGCGUCAUCACAACGCUUGUCCUGAGCGUCGUGAUCAACGUGUUGAUUCAGUUGUCGUUCAAGAAUCCAAAUGAACCUCCUGUCGUGUUUCACUGGUUUCCGUUAAUUGGCAGCACGAUCAGCUACGGGACCGACCCAUACAAGUUCUUUUUCGAAUGUCGCAGGAAGUUUGUCAAGUUCGGUCUGGCAUCAGACGCGCUACGUUCUUACGUUGAGUUGAUCACCAAGGAAGUCGACGAAUAUAUCACGAAUGCCAAUGCAUUCAAACAACCUCGCGGAACCAUUGAUGUCGGUAAAGUCAUUGCAGAUAUCACAAUCUAUACCGCUUCUCGAUUGCUACAAGGCAAGGAGGUCCGAGAGAAGUUCGACUCGACAUUCGCUGAGUUGUAUCACGACUUAGACAUGGGCUUCGCCCCUAUCAACUUUAUACUUCCGUGGGCUCCUCUCCCGCAUAACUGCAAGCGUGACGCCGCCCAGAAGAAAAUGGCACAGACUUAUAUGGAAAUCAUACAGAAGCGUCUCCCUGAUAUUGAGGUUGCCCAUAUAAUGAUUGCUCUGUUGAUGGCCGGUCAACACUCUUCGUCUUCCACUAUCUCUUGGAUUAUUCUUCGGCUAGCCUCACAACCCGAGAUUACCGAACAGCUGUAUCAGGAACAGAUCCGAGUUCUGGGAGCCGAUCUUCCCCCGCUUACAUAUGAGAACUUGCAAAAACUCGAACUGCAGACCAACGUCAUCAAAGAGACUCUCCGCUUGCAUGCGCCUAUCCAUUCUAUGCUCCGUACUGUCAAGUACCCUCUUCAAGUUGAAGGUACUUCCUAUGUCAUCCCUAACUCUCACAACUACUUCUCCAAGCCAUUGGAUUGGGAACCCCACCGAUGGAAUGGUGUCAACGCCACGGGGGAUGACGAGCAAGUUGACUAUGGUUAUGGUCUUGUCAGCAAAGGAGCUGGAAGCCCCUACCUGCCUUCUGGAGCUGGGCGCCAUCGUUGCAUUGGUGAGCAAUUUGCCUAUGUUCAAUUGUGUGCCAUCUGUGUGGCAUUGGUCAGAGAGCUCAAGUUCAAGAAAUUGCCAAAUGUCGAAGAUGUUCCGGCCACUAAUUACUCUUCAUUGUUCUCAAGACCCUGGGCAAAUUCUGUCGUUCAAUACGAGAGGAGAGACGCGGCGGCUAAGGAUUAA